AAUAAAUUAAAGAGAUGGAGAGCAGCCAAACUUUGCGGUUUUCGCCUAUAAAUAGGGCACCACCCGCGGCACCCAGAAGCAGAGACCUUCAUACUAGCUCAAAAGUCAUGUGUGGGAUACUUGCUGUGUUGGGCUGCUCUGAUGACUCACAGGCGAAGAGAGUUCGAGUGCUCGAGCUCUCUCGCAGAUUAAAGCAUCGAGGCCCUGAUUGGAGUGGCUUACACCAGCUCGGUGAUUGCUUCUUGGCACACCAACGACUAGCAAUCAUUGAUCCAGCUUCUGGAGAUCAACCACUCUAUAAUGAAGAGAAAAAUAUCAUCGUGACGGUAAAUGGAGAGAUUUACAACCAUGAAGAGUUGAGGAGUCGGUUACUUGACCACAAAUUCAGGACAGGGAGUGACUGUGAAGUCAUUGCACAUUUGUAUGAGGAGCAUGGAGAAAAUUUUGUGGAUAUGCUGGAUGGAAUUUUCUCCUUCGUGUUGCUGGACGCUCGCGACCAUAGCUUCCUUGUUGCUCGUGAUGCGAUUGGAGUCACACCCCUCUACAUUGGCUGGGGACUUGAUGGCUCUAUUUGGAUAUCAUCUGAGAUGAAAGGGCUGAAUGAUGACUGUGGGCAUUUUGAAUUGUUUCCUCCUGGACAUCUGUACUCCAGCAAAGAGGGUGGCUUUAAGAGAUGGUACAAUCCUCCAUGGUACUCAGAAUCUAUUCCAUCGGUCCCAUAUGAUCCACUUGUUUUGCGAAAAGCAUUUGAAGAUGCUGUCAUUAAGAGGCUAAUGACCGAUGUUCCAUUUGGAGUGCUGUUAUCCGGUGGCCUUGAUUCAUCUUUAGUUGCUGCUGUAACAGUUCGUCACUUGGCGGGAACAAAAGCUGCGAAGCAGUGGGGAUCUCAACUCCAUUCCUUCUGUGUUGGUUUAGAGGGCUCACCUGAUUUGAAGGCUGCAAAGGAGGUUGCAGAUUAUUUGGGCACUGUCCACCAUGAACUUCAUUUCACUGUUCAGGAUGGCAUCGAUGCCAUUGAGGAUGUAAUCUACCACAUCGAGACAUACGAUGUGACUACGAUCAGGGCAAGUACUCCCAUGUUCCUUAUGUCCCGCAAGAUAAAGGCAUUAGGAGUGAAGAUGGUCAUCUCUGGUGAAGGUUCAGAUGAGAUUUUUGGAGGAUAUCUGUACUUCCACAAGGCACCUAGUAAGGAAGAGUUCCACCGCGAGACAUGUCAGAAGAUUAAAGCACUCCACCAGUACGAUUGCUUGAGAGCAAACAAAGCAACCUCUGCAUGGGGGCUUGAAGUUCGUGUGCCGUUCUUGGAUAAAGAAUUUAUAAAUGUUGCAAUGAGCAUUGAUCCUGAAUGGAAAAUGAUCAAGUCUGAUCUUGGCCGGUUAGAGAAGUGGGUAUUGAGGAAGGCUUUUCAUGACGAGGAAAACCCUUACCUGCCAAAGAAUAUUCUCUAUAGGCAGAAAGAACAGUUCAGCGAUGGUGUUGGCUACAGUUGGAUUGAUGGGCUCAAGGCUCAUGCAGAAGAACAUGUGACUGAUAGAAUGAUGCUAAAUGCAAAGCGCAUUUAUCCACACAACACACCCACCACAAAAGAAGCCUACUACUAUAGAAUAAUCUUUGAGAGAUUCUUCCCCCAGAACUCCGCAAGGCUGACCGUCCCGGGAGGUCCAAGCGUGGCUUGCAGCACAGCCAAGGCCAUUGAGUGGGACUCUCAGUGGUCAAAUAACCUCGAUCCCUCAGGGAGGGCUGCUCUUGGUGUCCAUGUUUCUGCCUAUGAUCCACAAGUACACACUUCUCUUUCUGCAGGAAAAGGGCCUGCCAAGAUCACCAACAAGAAGCCAAGGAUGGUGGAAGUAACAGCUCCAAGUCUCACCAUCAAGAUCUGAAGUCUUCCUAAGUUAUCAAUAUGGCCGUGUACUAGUCAUGUUUGCCUCGAUUCUAGUCAUCUCCUCGCAGUUUUCGUCAAGUUCAUGUAAUAGGAGUAUUUGAUCAUUUGCUUGCAUUGGGUUUGAAAGUAAACCUCUAGAACUCCAUUUGACUUGCUAGGUGAUUUCCUUUUCCUUCCAUGUAGCACGAAUAUAUAAAGAAGUUGAUUUUGCUGACUACUCGAGCCUAGUGCUGAUGGAUUUAAGCAACAGAGGGUGGUUGACUUAACUUAUGUACAUCUCCUAAGAUGUUUAGUGGGAUCCAGUAUAAAGCAAGAUUGAUGUCU